ACUAACUUUAUCCACAAAAUUAGUGAUCACUGCUACCUUGCUUAGAACUAAAAUGUUACUUGAGGGGUCGCUGUGAUCAGUUUGUGUUGUUUAGUUACGAUGCCCGCAACGCACAACAACUGCAGCUACCUAACAAAGUGAUAGGAGAUUGAAUCAUGAGCACUAGUCAUGAAGAAAGACGCUAGGUUGCAAGCCAACCCGCAGUAGGUGGAGAGUGCAGUCAACAAGAUGGCUCACCACCUGCGAGAGCUUGUAGUGCUCUCUCGCCUGCAGGGACGGCUCAGUGAUGCUGAGGAUAGUAGCAGCGGAGACGAUGUCGAGAUCGGCGAGCUAAAAGAAUCCCCGAUUGGCCCACAGCAAAGUAGCCAGAGUCACCGGGUCAGUAUAGGAGAGCACGAUAGUGUCAGUCAAGGUUCACGCCGACCACGAAGACAUAAGGUGCAAUUUUCAGAGGAAGCGCUUGCUGGGGACGGCAAUGGCGGGGACCGGCCUGAAAGAUCUGCAGCAGUGGCUGCGGCGGCGCGUGAAAGGAAUUUACGUACGCCUAUGCCUGAUCGGGAACUACUUGACCAGGUAUUGGAGGUGAUCGACGCAGAGGUGGUCUCCCUCUGGUUACAAGAAGCCAAGCAGAUCAUUGCUGACCUCGCCCAAUUUUGGAAAUCUCCUAGCAACGUGUUUCGCUUUCUGCAGUGGUGGUUGUGUUUACGUGAGCAGCCAAAGAAGGUUGUUAUAGACGCUGAAGCAGGAGAGAUCCGGGCAUGUCUGAGCCAUGCUUUGCAUGUAGGUGUUAAGGACGGCUCCGUGUCGGACAGGCAGCUGCGCUUUCUGCUGCGAGCAGUGCUCAGGGAGUAUCCCAAACGUCUCUACCAGAGCGCGGACGGAUUCAGUCUACUGCUGCGCUACGUGUGUCUGCUAGCCGCGGAGCUGGACGACUUGACCGCUGUUCAGCAGACCAUGUACAGAGAUGUGCUGUCCGACGUGCGAUGUGAGAGUAACUGCCAGCCGCACAUCCAGUGGUUACUAUCCGCCAGGGUGUAUGCACUGGCGCGCUUGUGCCAGAAGCUACUGCUUGCUUUCUGCUGCGAAAGCCAGCUAGAUUUCAAGAAUAUCACUACUGAGAAUAGAACACUGGAAAGGCUACCGUACAGAAAGAUGUGUUUCGAUUUAGCACUCGCUGCCAUUAGGGCAGAGAGUAAAGAUAUCCUGUUGUUCCUGCUGGGAUGUGAACAGGAAGAUCAGGCCUCGACAGCAGCGGCACCAAGUUCACCUCGUCGGUACAAGUCCAGCAUAACUAUACACCAGGUCAUAGCGUGUCUACCUAAGGAUGUUCAGGAUGCCGACGGUAGAACACUGCCAUUGCAUGCAGUGACACAGGAGAAGCUCUCAAUGCUGCAACUCCUCACACAGGUACUUCCGUCGAGAGUGUUUGAUAUCGCAGCGCACCGUUCUGGUAACACACCACUGCACAUUGCAGCAACCCGGGGUGAUGCCAGUGCCACCAAGUGUAUGCUGGACGCUAAGAUCAACUGCAACCGAUGGAAUGCAGAAUGCAAAGGAGCUACACCCUUACAUAUGGCAGUGCUGAACGGCCACCUGGAAGUAGUGAAGUUGCUGUUGGAGGCUGGUGCAAAAGUUAACGCUAGGAUGGGUGUACCUGCGACAGAUACACCUCUCCGCAUCAUCACCAACUGUUGUGCUGCCAGCGAUGAGGAAGUCAGCAGUAAUGAGAUCUAUCAGGCUCUCCUUCGUCGUGGAGCAGAGUUGUGAGCUGGCCAAUCCUGACUACCUGAAUGGUGGGGAGUCUGCCGUAGUACUCAGUGUGUGGUGCCAUGGUGCAUUACCUCAUACUCAGGUUACACAGUGGCUACCCAGGGCAAUACCGUAGCCAUGUGUGCGAGCUGAAGGCGACAUGAGCCCCCCCCCCCCCGCUGAGUAUAGGAAUGAUUGUGCAUACUUCAAGUAGUUAUGCCGUAACGCAAUGGUCGAAUCUGAGCUGAUCCUUUUAGAACACCUUCGUUUUAUGUGUUCAAGCUACUUCAAGUACAUGUACUUUUUGAGCUGCCUUGACUUCCAGGCUCAAGCUGUACUUCGAAGUACAUGUAUGAUUGACACCCAUUGGAAAUGAUCUGCUACUAAAAAAUAUUUAUUGCUGUGCCUAGCCUGAGAACAACAUCCCCAAUAGUCUUGAGUAUGUACAGUCUGUCCGGGAAGACUCAUCACAGUGUACAUGUACAUGUAUGCAGUUAGCUAGCUCUGCAGUUGGGUUAUAUUGGUUUCUAGCUCUCAAUUUCGGUGUAUGGGCCAUAUAUUCAAGACAUAAGCUUCUUACAAUCAUGAUGAUGACUCCGAUCAUUACGAAAAUGUGACACUACACCCACACAGUACAUGUGGUCAUUUCUGAGUCCGAAGUUCCUUGCCGCAUUUCCUUGGCUUUAGGCUUCACCAAAAAUUUAAGUCAUGUGCAACUCAGAGUUGCAACAAAACGAA